ACUUCGUAUGUAUGAGCGGGGCAAACCCUAGCUAGGCUCGUCCCGUUAUGUAGACUACACCCACUAUCUUGAAAAUGUCAGCCUUUCAACGGGCCACCUUUUGACUUUAUGAGCAGCAUUUUGGAAAGAAGAGUCGUGGAACAGCUAACACCGUGUUAACCAGGGAAACUCAGGAGUAAAGCCAUUUUGACACGUCAAAUGCCCUGUUAUACAAGUGCUUUUGUCGUCCUGUGACGGAUUUAUCCUCUCAGCUGUUGGGUGUAAGGAGGAGAGGAAGCAAAGAUGCCGAAACCGAUCAAUGUCCGUGUUACCACCAUGGAUGCAGAGCUGGAGUUUGCCAUCCAACCGAAUACCACAGGAAAACAGCUCUUUGACCAGGUGGUGAAGACAGUGGGUCUGAGGGAGGUCUGGUUCUUUGGACUACAGUAUGUGGACAGUAAAGGCUAUAUCACCUGGCUCAAACUCAACAAGAAGGUGACCCAGCAGGACGUGAAGAAAGAGAACCCUCUACAGUUUAAGUUCAGAGCCAAAUUCUUCCCCGAAGAUGUCUCAGAGGAGCUAAUCCAGGAGAUCACCCAGAGACUCUUCUUCCUCCAGGUGAAGGAGGCGAUCCUGAACGAUGAGAACUACUGUCCUCCAGAGACAGCUGUGUUACUGGCAUCAUACGCUGUCCAAGCCAAGUAUGGAGACUACAACAAAGAUGUCCACAAGCCCGGCUACCUUACCCAUGAUAGACUGCUGCCUCAGAGAGUCCUGGAGCAACACAAGCUGACCAAGGAGCAGUGGGAGGACAGGAUACAGACUUGGCACGAAGAACACAGAGGAAUGCUCAGAGAGGACUCGAUGAUGGAGUAUCUAAAAAUCGCCCAGGACUUGGAGAUGUACGGCGUCAACUACUUUGAGAUCAAAAACAAGAAGGGCACACAGCUGUGGCUGGGCGUGGAUGCCCUAGGCCUCAACAUCUAUGAACACGAAGACAAGUUGACACCAAAGAUUGGCUUCCCUUGGAGUGAGAUCAGAAACAUCUCUUUCAAUGACAAGAAGUUUGUCAUUAAACCAAUUGACAAGAAAGCACCUGACUUUGUGUUUUAUGCCCCACGUCUGCGCAUCAACAAGCGUAUCUUGGCAUUGUGUAUGGGCAACCACGAGUUGUAUAUGAGGAGGAGGAAGCCCGAUACCAUUGAGGUGCAGCAGAUGAAGGCUCAGGCCCGGGAGGAGAAGCACCACAAGCAGAUGGAGAGGGCCCAGCUGGAGAAUGAGAAAAAGAAGCGGGAGCAUGCAGAGAAAGAGAAGGAAAGGAUAGAGCGUGAGAAAGAAGAGCUCAUGGAGAGGCUAAGGCAGAUUGAAGAGCAGACGAUGACAGCUCAGAAAGAGCUUGAGGAACAGACUCGCCGGGCAAUGGAGCUGGAGCAGGAGAGAAAGAGAGCGAGAGAGGAGGCGGAGAGGCUGGAGAGAGAGAGGCAAAUGGCCGAGGAGGCAAAGUCAGAGCUGGCCAAACAGGCUGAAGACCAGCAAAAGAACCAGGAGCAACUGGCUGCUGAACUGGCUGAAUUCACAGCCAAGAUCGCUCUCCUGGAAGACGCCAAAAGGAAGAAAGAAGAUGAGGCCACAGAAUGGCAGCACAAGGCUCUGUCGGCCCAGGAGGACUUGGAGAAGACCAAGGAGGAACUGAAGACUGCAAUGACAGUGGUGCCAGCGCCUCCUGGCGGCCAUGCUGAGAGCGAGCAUGACGAGCAGGACGAGAACCACGCAGAAGCCAGCGCCGAGCUGUCCAACGAGGGCGUCAGCCAGCUGGACCUCCGCAGUGAAGAGGAGCGCAUCACUGAAGCCCAGAAGAACGAGAGGGUCAAGCAACAGCUGCAGACAUUAAGUUCAGAGUUGGCCGAGGCCAGAGAUGAAACCAAGAAGACACAGAAUGACGUGCUUCACGCCGAGAAUGUUAAAGCAGGCCGAGACAAAUACAAAACGCUGCGCCAGAUCCGACAAGGCAACACGAAGCAGCGCAUCGAUGAAUUUGAGUCCAUGUGAGAACAGCGCCUCUCCCUCCUCGGCCCGCUUUGCCUCAGGAGUACGUGUUUCCGAACUUUCCCCUCAGCGGCUGCUCAAUUUUCAUGGACAACAGAUGCUGCCGUCCUUGUUAUCCCAAUGAGUGCCCCUCAACAAACCCCAAGCAAUCUUGAGAAAUAAUCUUAUCAAACUUUGCCAAAGUCCUGCCCCACAUCUCCACUCUGAAAGUUUGAAAAUCGCUCUGAUACAGAGCUGCUUACAUGCCACUUUGAACAAGCAAAUAUUGUCAAACUGCAGAGGUCAUCUUUAAUCCACAGGGGAAAAGAGAAACUGUAAAACCAAAAUGGAAGCAAUUGGAUUUUUUUAUUUUGAGCAAACAUGGCCAUAGAAAGCUGCUUUUGUUGUGUUUUUUUGUUUGCUUAAUGACUUAUAUGCAAAGCUUUAGUAUGAUUCCAUGUCUUCAGUUAAAGUAACCUGUCCUCUCCUUGUUUUUAAGUUCUUUUCCUCUGCUUUUGUUUGACUCGUUUUAUUGAUGAUGCCCUUCUUUUUAGUUGUCUGUCGAACACAAUGAGGAGUUUGGGAAUAAAUGAGGUCACUAUUUUCAUUCAGUGUCAAAGCGCUGCUAUGUUACAUCAGGUCACAACAUUUCACAUGCUAAAUAUGCUAGUUCUCUUAGCAUCUGUAAGUCAUUAGAAAGCUGAGCUGAGAUCAUUUCACUCUAUUCAGCCAAUUCAAACUAUUGUUUUAAUUUCACAUUAAUAGGUUUAUAUAAAAUGACACUGCAGUAUUUUAAUAGUUUCAUUUGAGGCUAAAUAUCAAGAAUAGCAACAUUUUCUGAUUUUGAUGAAAAUCCAUUGUGUGAAGUGAAUUGACCCUUGUAGGGAAAAGAGCCACCCAACUUGAACGAAUGUAGCACAGGUAACAAAGGGAAAGUGUUUUACAUGCAGAGGUGGUAGGACAGCAUGUAAUGAGCUUGUGCCACUGAGCUAUCGCCCCUCGAGCUUGAAAGUGUUAUGAAGAUAAGCUAAGAUAAGCGUGUGUGUAUGUGUGUUUUCCAGUUGCAUCCUAGUGUUUCAUUCCCAGUCACCAUAGAUGGUUUUCUCUGCCUACCAGCUCACAAAGGAGCGCAGGGUAUUAAAUGGACAGACAGAACAGACAGAUGAGUAAUGUGUCCGAGCUGUUUGUCUGUUUGUCCAAAUGUAUGAGUGUUAGUAUCUG